AUGUCAUAUUUAUAUCCAUAUGAAUGGAAAUGUUACAAUAAAAUAACAAAUAAUUUUCCAGAUGGAUUAUUUAAAUGUGUUUAUGAAGUAUCAUUAUUUGAUGAACGUCCAUUUGAACAUGAAUUUUUUCUUCAAAUUGCUCAAUCAUUUCCAUUUAUGAAAAAGUUAACUAUAACUAAUCGUAACGCGCAAAUGAAUAAACGACGUAGAAAAUCAAAAAGUGAUGAUGAAAAUUUAUCAAUUAUUAACUACUAUCAUCUUACUGAACUUCGGUUUUUUCGAGCUCACGAAAAUUAUCUUGAAGAAUUUUUACUUCAUACAAAAACAUGCUUACUAAAUAAUGUGUAUCUUUUUGUCGAUCGUGAAUUACUUGAAAAAGUGACAGACAAUUUUACGCGAGAUGUAACACGAUUCAAUUGUUCAAAAAUAAUUUAUUGCUAUAGUAAAUAUAAUGUUCAAUUUGAAAAACAUAUCAAAGACUAUUUUUUUCAUAGAGAUAUGCGGUCAUGGUUUACAUGA